UAAGAUUUACUUACAAAUAUAGUGUGAGAAGAAGGUAUUUUUAACAAACUUCAUUGUUCUUGGUUUUAAAUUAUAAUAGUAUUGAUAUUUCAAGACUGUAAUUGUGUUCUUAAAUCCUUCAUAUUACUACAGGAAACUUUCAGUAUACCUUUUAAUAGUAACGAUUAACAAAGGAAUAAUAUUGUGCUGAAAUUUGACGGUAUUUUGCGCGGGAAGUUGAUUUGUAAUGAAAAACUUCGUUAGCUAUUUUUACUCAUAAGCUGUACUAGUUAAUUAUUAUAAUUAGUUUAGGGGUAAACCUUAAACUUUACAACAAUGGCAGACGCAUUAGAACAUUUGGUCGUUGAUGGUAAUGAAGUAUUAGAAAUGAAGUUAGUCAGAUCAGUAGCAGAUAUAGAAAAUGACGAUACCAGUUUUGGUCCUGAAAUGUGUCAUCAAGUUUUUGGAGAGAAUGAAAACAUUUUUGGGUACACUGACUUAAAAAUAAAACUGUACUAUAGUGCUGGAAAUCUAAAGACUUACCUUGGAAUAUUAUACUCAGACAUGAUAGAACCAAAGAAGUCAGGAGGUCUUAAAGCGGAUGAUAUUGAAGGAGCAUUAAAGAAUGUGUUGGCACCUGGAUAUGUAACCAAUUUGGAUGUCUUUGUCUCUUUGCUAGAGAAGGAUAAACUGUUUACUCCUCAAGGAGAACUAAUUAACUCAUUCACAAUAACACCAUAUGAUGGUGGUGAGUCAAGAACAUUUGAGGUUUAUUAUUGUGAGACAUCCACACCAGGGUUUUUAAGUUAUCAUGAAAGACUGCAGACAUUUUUGUUAUGGUAUGUCGAUGCUGCCUCCUUCAUAGAUGUAGAUGAUGACCUAUGGACUUUCUUUACAGUAUUCGAAAAAUACCGCAGCAGCGAAGGCAGUACGCGGUAUGCGACGGCAGCGUACGCAACGGUGUACCGCUACUACGCAUACCCACAGCACACGCGCCCACGCGUCUCGCAGGUGCUCACCCUGCCGCCUUUUAGAAAAAUGGGCAUUUGUGCUCAUUUGCUACAGGCCAUCUAUUCACACUAUAUAAUUCAACCAGAGGUGGUAGAUAUUACAGUAGAAGAUCCAUCUAAAGACUUCCAGAGAAUAAGAGACUAUGUGGACUCAAAGUAUUGUGAAUCUCUUCCAGCAUUCCAUCCUUCAAAGUUAACUCAGGGUUUUUCUGAGGAAAUGGCAAAACAAGCGUGCAGCAAAUUUAAAAUAAACAAAAAGCAAGCAAGACGUAUUUACGAAAUACUCCGUUUGAAAAACACUAACUUGUCUGAUAAAACUGCUUACCUAAAUUAUAGAUUAGAUGUUAAAAAUAGGCUCAAUGCUCCGUUUCAGAAAAAAAAAUUAGAAAUGAAGAAACUAGAGAAAGUUUUAAAACCGGAGGAGUUCGCCGCAACGCUGAAUUCGAGUGGCCUGGCUGAAACGCAGGCGCGACUCUCCGCACACUACUUGGCGCUGGAGGCCGACUACCGUCGCGUCGUGCACCGCCUGGAGCACGACUAGUACACCGGCGGACAAGCAAACCGCGAUAAAUGUUAACAAUAACUUGUCAAUUUUACUAAAUGUCGUCGGAAAAAGUUUUAUAAAACCAAAUUUUAAUUUAAAAUGAUGGGGGUAAAAACGCGUUUUCGAAAUCAUCAUAAUGUAGCUUUUUUCCUUUGUAAUUUUAUAUUAAUUGUGACUUAAGAAGAUAUGUGGAAUGUUGUACACUACAUAGAAUUCAUGGUAACAGUAUUUGCUUGCAUAAAUUCUGAUUAUUAACUAUUCCCUAAAAUACUCUUCAUUUUCGUUUUUAUAUUUGUUAAUACAUGAUUAAAAUAGAUCACUUGAAUUUUUUUUUGAUAAUUGUUAAUAAAUAUUCAGUCGGGCAAAACAAAAGUAGGCACUGAUAUAAAUUGUUGAUUGUUCUUUGGUUUAAAACCAAAAUUUGUGUUGUUUCUAAUUGGUUAAUUGUUAUAUAAGUUAUUAGUGUCUCGUAAUUUGAUGUCAAACAAAUGUUUAUACACGUUAAAUAAUACCCAAUUAAUACAAUAAUAGAAUUAAAUGUAAAAUUACACUUUCAAAUAAAUUGUUUGUCUACAUUGU